GUCCAAGUCCAACUUUCUACUAAUUCAUUAUUAAAUAAUAAUGAAAACUAUGUCAUCCCAUAUUAAAAACAAAAUGAAAUCUUGAGAUAUAUAAUAAAGUAAAGUAAUGUUCUUUUUUUUUUUAAUUUUUAAUUUUUUUUUUGUGACAUUAUUUUAGUACAAGUUGGUUCAUUGAUUCAUUCAUGUGUGUCUGUUCUUGCAUUUUGAUUUGAAGGUCGAAACCUCGUCGUUUUGUUCUUCUUUUGUUGUUUUCUUUCUUUCACUCUGUUCGAGACUUUGAACAAAAUUAGACUAAAAUGCCAGUCACUUGUUUUCCUGCCUCAUCUUCUUCUUCUUCUUCUUCUUCUUUUUCUUUCUUUCAAGUUUCCCGCUCUGUAAAGUAAAAAUGUCAUUUUUAUUUUCAUUGUUUUUGUUAUAAUAAUUCAAAGAUUCAAUUUUUAUUUCUCUUUUAGCUUUUGAAGAUAUUAUAUGUGAGUUAUGUGUUGUAACUAGUAUUGGGUGUAUUUUUUUUUUUUAUAUUUAUUUUUUGUGGUAGUAAAGUAUUAUGUUCUUUCAUUUUCUUAAAAAGUAAAAGAGAGAAAAAGAAAGUUGAAGAAAGAUGAAAACCAGUGUAAGGACUAAUCUUCAGGCCAUGAAAGCUGCUUCUUCAAAUCAUAUUGAUAAAGAGAAGAUGGAGACUCAGGGGAGAAGAGUGGUCAUUCGUUCUGAGAAAACUCUAACCAAUAGAAGAAGAAUAAACAAGGAGAGGAAAAUGGCCUUGUUACAAGAUGUUGAUAAAUUGAAGAAGAAGCUUAGACAUGAAGAGAAUGUUCAUAGAGCUUUGGAAAGGGCCUUCACAAGACCUUUAGGAGCCUUACCUCGUCUUCCUCCAUAUCUUCCUUCAUCUACAUUAGAGCUUCUUGCUGAAGUAGCUGUUUUAGAAGAGGAAGUUGUAAGGCUUGAAGAACAAGUUGUGAAUUUUAGACAAGGUCUUUAUCAAGAAGCUGUGUAUGUAUGUUCAAAGAGGAAUGUGGAAAAUUCAAGUGAUUCUUCUUCUAUGGAUCAAACCACUCCUGUUAGAAAUGCUAAGCAUCAUAGGUCGAAAUCUAUGUCUCAAUUCGAUUUCAAUUCAGCAACUUCUUCACCAGCAGCAGCAGCAGCAGCCAGGUCUCAACAACCUUCCCUUUGUAGAACUACAUCAAGUAGAAAGUUACUCCCCAAUGAUGCCAUCUCAGUCAGAUCAGGAGGUUGUUCUGCUAGUACUAGUACUACUAGGCAAGGGCAAGGGCAAGCUAAUAAUAAUAAUGGAAAGCUUAGUACUCGAAAACUCGAACCAAUUCCAUCCAUUUCAGAAGAUGGAAGAGGAAAAGAGAAUAGGUUAUGGUCAAACUUUGUAAGAGCAUCCCCUGAAAAGAAAGUUGAUCAUAAACCAUCUCCUGAUAAGAGAAAUACUAAAAUGGUGGUAACCCCAGUUAAGAAACCACCAAUGAAGCAAGAGCCAAAGGACAAGACUACUACUCCUGAUCAAUUCAAGUUGCAGCUAGAAUCCAGAUUGGUAGACCAGGAAAGAGCUAAAGACAGUUCAUCUGGAUCUUUAGAAGAGGGAGCAAUGGAAGCUGACUCUUCUCCUAAUAAAGUAUCUGAGGAUAUUGUCAAGUGCUUAUCUAACAUUUUGAUGAGAAUGGUGAGCACACUGAAGGACAGAGCAGUUGAAUCAGGGAGUUCUCAGUUGUCAUUUUUCGCUCGGUUAGCAAACAAGGACAUCGAGUUUCUAGAUCCUUAUGGUACACCUUUGGAUUUCAAAAAUAGAGAUGUUGGUCCAUACAAACAUCUUUGUUCUAUCGAUGCUAGUUCGAUUGAUAUCAGCCGAACAACCAAUGCAUUGUUCUUGAUACACAAACUGAAGUUUCUACUUGGGAAACUUGCUUCUGUGAACUUAGAAGGUCUCAACCAUCAACAAAAGCUUGCAUUUUGGAUUAACACUUAUAAUUCUUGCAUUAUGAAUGCAUUUUUGGAGCACGGUGUACCUGAGACUCCGGAAAUGGUUGUUGCACUAAUGCAGAAGGCAACAAUAACUGUUGGUGGGCAUUUACUUAAUGCAAUUACAAUUGAGCAUUUCAUCUUGAGAUUACCUUACCACUUGAAAUUUACCUGUCCAAAAGCUGCAAAGAACGAUGAGAUGAGAGCUCGAAGCAAAUUCGGAUUGGAAUGGUCAGAGCCAUUGGUUACAUUUGCACUCUCUUGUGGAAGUUGGUCCUCUCCUGCAGUGAGAGUGUACUCUGCUUCUCAAGUGGAAGAGGAGUUGGAAGCAGCAAAAAGAGAUUAUCUACAAGCAACAGUUGGUAUCUCAAAAACAAACAAAGUAAUCAUACCAAAAUUAUUGGAUUGGUAUCUUCUUGACUUUGCCAAAGAUAUGGAUUCAAUGCUUGAUUGGGUAUGUCUACAACUACCAAAAGAAACAAGGAAUGAAGCUAUGAAAUGCCUUGAUGAGAGGAAAGGAAGAGAACCACUUUCACAAUUGGUUCAAAUAACACCUUAUGAUUUCAGUUUCAGGCUGCUAUUGCACCGCUGAGGUUUUAAUGUCAUUUUACUCUUCUCUUAAUACUUAAUAGUUUGUUCUGAACUUUGGAUGUGGUAGGUUUAUACCUGAUAUAUGUUAAGAGUUGAUCAAAGGGUACAUAAUUCCAGCUUCUUUUUCUUAAAAAAAAAUAAAAUGAAAUAAAAUUAAUUAUGGGAGGAUCAUUACAUGAGUCCUUGAAAAUGGGUUUUUGAAUUUGUAUUUAGUUCAUAAAUAUGGACAUGGGAAUAUAAUAUUUAAUAUAAAUAAAUGAAGUUGUGGAGGCUUCUUCUUCUUCUUUUUUUA